CAUAAGACACCAGGCCACUACUAAGUACCUACAGAGCUAAUCAUCUAGCUAGUUUGUUGGUAGACAUAGUUAUCUAGCUAGCUAACGUUGGUAGCUAUGUCAACUCACGAUCAAACAAAAGAGGGAAUAAUUUUUUUUUUACAUUUAACGUUAGCCAUCACAGCUAGCGAACGUUAACUCGCAGCCUUACCUAUGGUAAGUUAGCUAGCUAACGUACGUUUGACCAGGCCAUACAUGUAGUUAGCCAAGAUAGUUAGUUAGAAAACGUAAAAACAAACCUGUGACAACGGUGACGUUUCCAGGGCACGGGCUGUUGCAGUCUACUGCACAAAGGUGGAUUUGAUGGUCUAGGGGCAGUUAGCUAUCUUAAAAACUAACACCAGGCCUUUACGGGUGGCUUUCACCAUGUAAAUGGACGAGGGAUUCAGGAUUGGUAUUGUUUUUCAGUAGCGACGUUGCUAUUGGAAUGUCGCUGUAUUUCUCAUCUCGUUAAACGAUAUUACAGUCCUCGCGUUGCAAAGGUCCUCCAUGGUCCAUUUUGCAAAAAACACGGCAGGUUACAUAAAUGAUAUCCACAUCCCACCCUUCAACUUCUAGCGCAUAAAAGGAGGAUCUUGAGAGUCAGACAGCAUCCUGUCACAAGCAGUUGGCCGAGGAGGAACUACCUCAACAAUACGACAGUAUCUUUGCAGACAAGAACCCAAAACAAAACUUCUUCUAGAAUGUCAAGCUCUUUGGUUGUGUGCGAGGUGGAUGAGAGUCUGAAAGAAAAACUGAAGAAGUUUAGAUUUCGAAAAGAGACCAACAAUGCAGCCAUCCUGAUGAAAAUUGACAUGGAGAAACAGCUUGUGAUCCUGGAGGAAGAGUAUGAGGACAUCUCCCUAGAUGACCUGAGGAAUGAACUUCCCGAGCGGCAGCCAAGAUUCAUUGUUUACAGCUACAAAUACAUCCAUACAGAUGGCAGGGUGUCCUACCCGCUGUGUUUCAUAUUCUCAAGUCCAGUGGGGUGCAAGCCUGAACAGCAAAUGAUGUACGCAGGCAGCAAGAACCAACUGGUCUCCGCAGCAGAGCUCACAAAGGUUUUUGAGACGCGAAACAUAGAUGACUUGUCUGAAGAGUGGCUGAUAAACAAACUGUCUUUCUUUCGCUGAAUAGACACUUGUGUUCACGUUGGCAAAAGUACAUGUAUUGAGCAUACCAGUACAUUAACCUCAUUACUGGUUUGCAAUAAAUUGCUUAUAGUGUCAC